UCCAAACCGAUUUGAAAGGACUAGGGAGAUAAAAAGGAAGCAGAAGAAACGAAGAAGCAGAAGGAAGAAAUCACCAUGGCCGCGCCUCCUUCUGAUCAGCUCCCUACCCCUUCUCCUUCAAUUCCUAGCCCUAACUCCAACCCCAAUAACCUUAGCAACCAGAAACCCAACCUCAACGGCCUCAAUCCGGUUCCUGGCAGCACCAAUUCGGCGUCAAGGGUUUUUCCUUCCCCGCCGAUCCCACCGCCUCCUUCCUCUCCGAUUGCCCCUCCACCGAAGGCCGCAACUGCACAGCAGCUCCUCCCCCGAAUCCAGGAGUCCCUAGCCGCUCAUGGCGCUGUCUGCCCUUCUCUCUCAUCAUCCAGCCGCGUCGCCCGAUCGUCCGCCGAUCAGGUAGUCACUGUUGUCAAUCCCGCCUUUUUCAAUGGCAGCCCAGCUGUCGUCGGCGUUCACCAGGUCCACAGGUUCGCUCCUUCAUUCAUGGCUGCAGCCGCGGCGGCUGUGGCGGGCCCUGCGGUCAGGGUGCUUAGAUCACCUCCGCCACAGCAACGGCCGGUGGUGCCUGUUAGAACGGUCCCAAAGCAUGCGGGUGUUUCUGGUCCCCCAAGGAUAGGACCGCCUGUUGUUCACAACAAGGUUACUCCAUUUUCAGAUGUUCCUUCUCCCUCCGAUUUGAAUAACUAUAAAGAUAUGAGGGAGAAGAAUGGCGAGAAUGCUGUUACAGUGGUCAUAAAUGAUAGAAAAGUCAGGUUGCUUGAUGGUGCCCCAUCAUCUCUUUAUGCACUUUGUCGUUCAUGGGUUCGGAAUGAUAUGCCUCAAGAAAUUCAGCCACAGUUUGGGGAAGGGUUAAAGCUUCUUCCAAGGCCAUUGCCUAUAAACACAGGGAACAAUGCCAUCCCUAGAAAGGUAGAAGGUGAUGUUGAUGAAGAUGAUGAAUUUUCACGUCAAAACCAGGCAAAAAAUUCUGUUGAUAACCUAUCUACACGUGAGUUACUGGAGACGCAUGUAAGACAUGCUAAAAAAGUUCGGGCAAGAUUGCGGGAGGAAAGAUUACAACGCAUCGAUAGAUUCAAACAAAGGCUUGCCCUCUUACUUCCUCCUUCACUGGAGCAGAACAAAAAUGAUGUGGUGGCAGGAAGCUGACACUCCAGCCUUGCCGUGUCAUUGCGUCACAUGUAAUGCUAUUGAAUGUAUUGUUUGGACCUACUGUUAGGUUCAAAAAAGGAAAAAAAUGAAGGGAGGAAAAAACCAAGUCAAAAAACGCAGACCAACUGAAGAACCUGCACUGGCCGUAUUUCCCCACUAAGAAGAUUCAUUAUCAUUCAGAAAGUUUUCAUGCAUUCCAGUGCUGAAGGUACGAUGGGAGAAAGCUGCACUGUUAAUUAUGUAUAUUUCCUGUCAUGAUUUUCUUGGUCUCAGUCCUGUAAUAGAAACCAAAUCUCUGGGUUUCUUCGACGAGCAACAUGGCAAUGACAACGAGUAAGCAUCGAAGACAUCUGAGUUGGGUAGCUUGUUAUCUUGGCUAGGAGAUCAUUGCUCAAAAGCAUCGGCAGCCACCAUGUAUUAAGUUGGUCAUUUUUUUACUUUUAA